AUGGCCCUAGCCACAAGGAGUCGACAGGCUUGGGUUUCCAACACCCACACUUGGCAGGAGUUUCACGAAGCAUUUCACCAGCGUUUCACUGAAUUCACUUUGCUGCAGACAGACAGGGAAGCUCUCAUUGAUGAGAUGCACCAACAUCUGAUGCCAACGUUUCACCAAUUUUUUCGACCAAAAUCCUCAUUCAAUGCAACUGAACCCCAAUCCCAACAGCAACAGCUCAUCAGUGCCAAAUGGAAUCACCGAGCCAUGAUGAGGCAAACAGGUGAGACUUCCAUCGCAGCCAUUUUCCAUGCCUGGUGGCACUUUGGCCAGUACCGCAAGAUGAAACGCCAAUUGCAGAUCCACAGCAAACAGAUCCGCAAACAGAAGAUGCGUGAUCUUAUGGAUGAAGUUUCUCAUGCGGCGACUCGAAAUGAUAGCUUUGCUGUAUAUCAAGCUGUUUUAAAAUAUACCCCAAAGCAGCCGCGCAAGCGCAUCAGAAUCCGGCUGCCAAAUGGAGCCCCGGCCUCCCCCAUGGAGGUGCUAGACAUGACCAGUGCCUACAUCAAAGACUUGUGGCUGCCUGCCACAACCAUUGAUGUUUCCCUUUCCAGACCCCCAGGGGUACCGUUCACCAAAGAUGCAUUAAUUUGGGAACUAGCCCAGACACCGGUCACCAAAGCAGUUGCUCGUACGUGCCUUCCAGGAAUUUGCUGGAAAACUGCAGCCCAUGCAGUUGCCAACUACAUUUACCCCAAACUUGAGGAGUGGUGGGGAUCCCUUCCAAUAUUCAUCCCAUCGCAAUGGAAAACUGCACACCUCACAUUCAUUCAUAAACCUGGCAAGCAGCCCGACCGCCUGGGCAACUUGAGACCCUUAGCCUUGUUGGAACCUGUGAGGAAAAGCAUUUUGGGGCUCAUCACUACCAUGUUUGCGGCAGAGGUUAAACCCCUUCUUUGUAGUUGGCCACAACUGGCAUUCCUUCCGCAGCGAUCAACUUUUGAUGCCAUCAGACGAGUCAUUCUGCAUUGUGAGCAGGUUCGACGCCUGACGAAGAACCAACGCAGAAGCGUUCACCAACGCGCGGCCAACCAUCAAUGCAGGCCCAUUUGCGGGGGCAUCCAAGUUUGUCUUGAUGCCCCAAAGGCCUUUGACAUGGUUCCACGCCAGCCAUUAUUCGAUUUUUUGAGCUCCCUUGACAUCAAUCAAGACCUGGUGGCCAUUCUGGCAAUGUGGCAUUCUAACACCAGUUACAUUGUCUCUCAGGGGACCACAACGGCUGCAGUGGGAACGGGCAAAGGAGUGCGACAGGGGUGCAGAGCUGCACCUGUCCUAUGGUCAAGCUAUACUCUUGACCUUUUCAUCCGACUUUCCAGGAAGCUUGGUCCAGAGUGGGUCAAAAAGCAGCUGACGAUGUUCGCUGACGAUUUACAUUCCUGUGACUGUUUUCUGAAUGAAACCGAACUGCAACUUGCACUGAAGCGCAUCGGUGUUCUGUUGGAUGUUAUCGAAGAAAUGGGACUCACUCUUGCCUUGGACAAGCAUUCUCAUGUGCAUAUCCUCCAACAAUACCAACUUGAACAUCCACUCCUUUUGCUUCUGCAUGCCGGGACACAGCUGAACACCACGAUCGGCCAACGACUCAAUCAUUUGCAAGCAGACGACAUCUUGUGGACAGCAGACUGGACUCACCUGUCUGCCCUUUUGCAGCUGCUGCAUUCUGCAUACACUGAACAAUAUCAGGUUCACCUGCACACUCCAGCAACCGAGGCUCUGACCAACGGUGGCAGUGAUUUUCUGUGCUCCAAGCAGGUCACCAAGAUGCAGGUGGAUGAACGUUUGCCCAAGUUAAACGCUCAUAAUUUGACCUUGCUGCACUCAAAGCCCUACGGCCAAUCAUUGCUUGAAUGCAUCACAGAGCGUACCUCCUAUGAUCAGCCUGGUCAUCAUGUACUGCGUUGUGAUGUUUGCGGUCUGCAACACCUUGAUCUCAAAUCGUUGCAUGCUCACUUGCAUCAAGAGCAUCGUCUUGACACACAGGACUGGGACCCAUUGAGGGACAUGCUACUGGGAACCAACCCAGUUUGCUCUCACUGCAUGACGCUAUUUGCAGAUAAAUCUGCAGUUCGGCAUCACAUCACGCUGGGACAAUGCCCAAGCUUCAACCCAUUGCGACAGCCAGCCACUGCUCCGAUUCCUGAUGAAUGGCAGGAGCUGCUUCUUCAAGGAGACAUCCAGUCUUUGCGGCAGGCGCCUAUGAAACGCCUUGCUUUAACCUUGACUUGCCAGCUCUGCCAACUCAAAUUUCAGCGCACUGGAGAUCUGUCCUUGCAUUUGCAGACUGUUCAUCAUCAGGAAUGGCAUGAUGCUAGGAACAUAGUUCAGUUGCUCAUUGCCAGCUGCCUGUGCAAUCCCCAGACAAAUGCCAGCGGCCUACAACAUGUAUGCGUUCCCCUCAGGCAACUAGGCAUGAUGGCCUUGAAGACGACCGUCCCAGUGCUCUUGCCUUGGAAGUUUGAUGAAGAUCAAGUUCAUCAAUUUUUGAUUGCACUUGUGGACCACCCGUUGCUGCCUAGGCUCACUGCUUGUUUGAUGCAACGACAAUUCACCCAGCUGUGGACUGAUCCCUUAUGCCUGGAGUUCUUCCGCACCACUUGCCUGCAAUGUGGCAUGAGCAUGCACCCAGCAGAACUGCGCGAUCACAUCUUCAGUGUGCACUCCUCAGCUGCCAUCAUGCAUGACAAAAUUCUUCCACAGCUCAUGCACGCCAUCCAGAGUGAAGCCACUGCAGAUCACAAAUGUGAUGUAUCCAUUAUCAACACCAGUGUCCUGUGGUACUGCAGCUUGUUCAUUUGCUUCGCAAAGAUUAUGGAUGCAGCUCCGGAACUCAGUCAGGAGGACUCCGAGAUGUUGGACGUCUUCAAGCACCUCAGCCCUCUGCUGAAGCUCCAGAGGUUCGACAGAACAGACGAAGGCACCGAGAGCAAAAAGGCCAAACGGGACACCGCAAGAAAGGAAGACACCACGGAGGUGAUGACUCUGUUGACGGCAAUGGGCCAUCUACUUCUGCGAGUGGAUGCCGACCAACAAGCGAUGAAAAAACAAGACUCAUGGAUCUGCUUCAUGCAAACGGGCUCCCAAGCACUCUUGCCAUCGCUGGUUCUGAAAGCGACGGAGUGGAAAUCCCAGCAGAAGGAGCUGGACCAAUCCAAGAUGGAGCAGUACCUCCCUCUCCGCUGCUUCCUCGCCCAACAUCUGGCGGACACGAUGUUGAACAGGCUGACCAAACUGGCUCAAUGCGCCGAGACAGACCAGCUGAAGAUGCUAGCCAGACAACAUGGAGUGCUGACGCAGGACAACGCCUUUCCUUUCCGCAAGUGGAACCCUCAUGCCCAGGAGCUCCGACAGACAGGACAAUCACCAAUCCCCCUCAAGAGGAUGAUCAAAUAUGCCGAGCAACUGGUGGAGAUCCUCAAGGACCCUUCAGUGACCAUCCGAUUCCACUCGAUGAAACCGACGUCCAAAGACUCCAGCCAGGAUCCCAUCAUCCCAUGGAUGUGGCAAAUAUCCAUGAGAGCGGACGACUUACAAGUUCUGUUGACAACGUUGCAAGGAUCGACGAUGUGGAGCCUUCUAGGCAUGUCGAUGAAGAGCCAUGCCCAAACCCAGAGCAAGCCAGCUCUGGCCCUUCGGGACCUCAUGGGCAAGGGCUCGGGCAAAUCGAAAUCCAAAGGCAAGACCAAGACCAAGCAGGGCCACUGA